AUGUCGUCGUCCAUUCUGCAUCAGUGCCCUUUCUGCGGCCAUGUCUCCGAUAUCUCGCUCUCCUUGGCCGCCUUUAUUGAGAAUCCUCACUGUGCUCAGUGCGGUCUGUCGGUGCAAGAAAGCAACACAAAGAUGCAAGAUGAACUCUCUGCUCUCUUCGAUCGACAAAUGACCAUGGAUCAACAUCACGCCCUCGCACCCUCCCAAUCUCCACCUCUUCAAGUCACCCCCCCAGAGCCAGUGGUGUCCCGUCCUCCCAUCACCUACAGUAUCACCCAGCAUUACAACCAUUCAGCUCACGUCGCUCCACCCGCACAACCUCUUCCUACCCCGGCGCAAGUCCAGGCCCAAAACCUCCACUCCCUCCUGCUCGCACACGGGAUCGACCCCUCUACCCUCUCCUCGGCUCAAGUUGACCUCAUCCAAAAUGCCGACGCCGAGCAACAACAGCGACUGAUCCAGACUUGGCAGGUCUAUGCCGCGCACGGGCAGACAGAAUGCCAAUCCCCGGAUACCGCGAUGGAUGAUUCAAUGGACGAGGAUAGAGCGUCUUCGGCGGAGCCGUACAUGGUCAUGGGAUAUGGAUCAUCCAAGUCUGUCGGAUCUUUGCCAGCAGAGCCAUCCACAGGAGAGCCGUAUGCCACAUCGACAGAUCCGGUGUACAAGAACCAGAGCCGCCAGUGGUGGGAAGUCGCCCCGGCAUCGAUAGAUUCGCAGUAUGGCUUGUUCGAGGAAAGGAAUCGACACACAAUGAUGCCCAACUGCGCAGGAGUGCACACACCCCAGUGGCUGUGUCCGAACUAG